UCGUCUGACUCCAGGAACCACCUAACCCUCACAUUCAAUAACAUGUUCCGUGUCACUCCUUACCUCCUCAACAAGUCCGCACCCGAGACUGUAGUGAACACUGUCAAGAAUGCUGCCAAGGCUGUAGCUGACUCAGUAGCCGGUACAGGCGCUGCUGCCUCAAAGGAAGCCAACAAGGCCGAGGCUAAGAGUGACAAUGCCACCAUGGGCCAGAAGGUGGGCGCUGCUACCGAUGCCAUGGGUGACAAGAUGAAGGAGGUCAAGAAUGAUGCUAGCUCCGAGAUGAACAAGCAGAAGGCUAAGAACUCGUAA